UCCUCCUCUCUCUCUGCUCGGCGAUAGGAUUGGGUUUCCUGUCGCGGCCGGCUAUCCUCCUCCGUCCCCUCCCUCUCUCUCUCUCUCUCUAAAACCCUCGUCCCUCUCUCUCUCUCUCUACACUCUUCAUCGCCAUGAAAAUUAUCCAAUUCUGCUAAGCAGCUGCCUAUCCCACAGAAACUGUCACCGGAAUGGCACACGCCGUCUUCCAAACGGCCCAAAUCAUGCCCAUAAACACCCAGACUAAAAUCCCCAUUUCCCUCUCGCCCCUGCCGCCCCCGUCCCUCAGACCGCAGCUGCCGCCCCCCGGGAAGCUGCACCGGAGGGGCUAUGCGGCGGCUGUGAGGUGCUCGGCCUCCCCGUCCGCCCCUGUCCCUCUCGUGGAUGACGGCGGGGGCGGCGGAGGGGGAGAGGAUUGCGUGAGGAUGCUGGAGAGGUGCUUCCAGGCUCCCUGCAGUUCCUCCGGCUCGGGGGAGGUGGGACCGGUCAUGAAGGGGCAGUACGGUGCAUUUGGCGCGGUCACUCUGGAGAAGUCCAAGCUCGAUAUGUCGCAGAAGCAAACCAAGUCCAGUCCCGAGCUUGCGACUGGGGGAGGUGGUGGUGAUAUCGGAAAGAAGAUCAGUCAUGGUGGAGGUGAUGGAGGAGAUGAUGAUGGCGACGAUGAUGAUUAUUUCGACGACUUCGAUGAUGGCGAUGAAGGAGAUGAGGGUGGACUAUUUAGGAGGAGGAUGUUCCUCGAAGAGCUUUUCGACCGGAAGUUUGUAGAUGCCGUGCUGAAUGAAUGGCAAAGGACUAUGAUGGAUUUGCCUGCUGGGUUUCGACAAGCCUGUGAACUGGGCUUGGUUAGCUCUGCUCAAAUGGUAAAAUUUUUAGCAAUCAAUGCAAGACCAACGACUGCAAGGUUUAUUUCCCGAUCACUUCCUGAAGCAAUGUCUAGGGCGUUCAUUGGCAGGAUGAUAGCAGAUCCUGCCUUCAUGUAUCGGCUUCUUCUAGAGCAAGCUGCGACUAUUGGUUUUUCUGUAUCGUGGGAGUUGAAAAAUCGCAAGGAAAGGAUAAAGAAAGAGUGGGAUCUUGCACUUAUCAAUGUGCUCACUGCAUCUGCUUGCAAUGCCAUAGUUGUUUGGUCGCUUGCUCCUUGUCGUUCAUACGGCGAUACCUUCCGGUUCGAUUUGCAAAAUACUUUGCAGAAACUACCGAACAAUAUAUUCGAAAAGAGCUACCCACUCAGAGAGUUUGAUCUGCAAAAGAGGAUCCAGUCAUUAUGUUACAAGGCUGCAGAGCUUUGCAUGGUUGGAUUAACUGCUGGAGCUGUGCAGGGUUCUCUGUCUAAUUUCCUGGCCGGUAAAAAGAACGACAGGUUAUCUGUGACACUACCAAGUACAAGUACAAAUGCACUUGGAUAUGGUGCUUUUCUUGGAAUAUAUGCAAACUUGAGCUAUCAGCUGUUAUGUGGAUCCGAUCGUCUCAUGACAAACCACUUUGAUGUCAUUGGAGUGGCACUCUUUUUUGGCACAGCUCUGAGGGUCAUGAAUGUUAAUAUGGGAGAAAAGCUAAGGCGGGCUUGGCUUGGAAUUGAGGCUGACCCACUCGUCCAUUCUGACGACAUCCUAAAGGCCUACAACAGACCAGAAUCUGAGAUUGGUACUAAGUCCUCAGCUUCCAAAUGGUUUAUAUCAAAGAAUCCCAUUGUUUCAGGGCUUGGGCUGCUUGGGAUCAAACAGGGAAAUCCCGACACAGAAGCACCGACCCCAAAGGCAAAGAGGAAGAGGAUAGUUCGGAAGAAAGCAACAGCAAGCUCAGUUUGAUUUUGUUGUACCCUGCAUUUUGCCCCCGACAGUUUCUCCAAUUUUGCUCUCUACUCAACUAUUUUUGCCUGCUUAACUCAAAGGUUACGGUCCCCUGUAUUCUGAGGGAGGGAUUGGGACUUUUGCUUGAACACCUGCUGAUAAAGAAGACUUCGCAUCUUAAGAAUUUGAUUCGUGUAGCUGGAAAGUGUAGUUUGUUGGGUAGAUGAUUCUUUUGUCUAUUCGUGGUUGACUUGGGAUAUUACCGCUCCGUGCUCUGAGCUCGUAUGUUCACAUGGCAUGGUUCAGUACUCACUGAUGAUGAAUAAGAGGUCCGGUAUUCUGUUACCA